AUGGCCUCAUCAUCACCCUCCGAGUUCCUCACCUUCAUGCGCACCAUUCGCACCACCCAAGCUCUCAAAGCCCGCACAGCAACCCGCGCAACGAUCCGCCCAUUCAGCUCUUCAAUACGCACUACCUACCCCGAGACUGGCCGUCCAAAAGACGACAAGGGCGGACCGAACAAGGAUUCCAAACACGCUCUCGACAAGGACAACAGCUCUGCUCAAGACGUGCAGACCAAGAACAGCCACGCCGCCAGGAACGACCGCGCUCAAGACACAGGCGGCGCAGCAACACAACAAAAAGAUCCCAAGAACAAGGAAGCGCAGAAGACCAAGGACGAUUUCCCCGAGCGACCUGAUAACAUUGGCAUGCAGGAUGAGCGUGGUGGCAAAGGGCAUUAG